UGAGGAAGAAAAAGACUUAUAGAGUACAAUAUGGAUAUACAAGACAUAAAUCCUCCUACCUUAAGCCUAGAUGUCGAAAACAGCGACAACACCUUCUCUUCUUUUGUUGAUGAAACCCUAAUGAUGAUGCCUCCGUUAGCACUUCCUGGAGAAUUAGAGCCUUCUUCAUCUUCUUGGUGUCCAACGAGUUUUCAUGUGCCUACGCAGCCCCCUGAGAAUGAUCAAAUCGGAGGUCAAGGGAAGAAGAAAGAUAAGAGAUCGAGGAAAGUUCCAAGGAUUGAAUUUCAUACGAGGAGUGAUGAUGAUGUUCUUGAUGAUGGUUAUCGUUGGCGAAAGUAUGGUCAGAAAUCUGUCAAGAAUAAUGGUCAUCCAAGGAGCUAUUACAGAUGUACGUACCACACAUGCAAUGUGAAGAAACAAGUGCAAAGAUCAGCAAAAGAUCCGAAAAUCAUCGUAACGACUUACGAAGGCAUUCAUAACCAUCCUUGUGAGAAACUCAUGGAGACUCUUAAUCCUCUCAUCAGACAACUCCAGUUCCUGUCCAGCUUUUCUAAUCUUUGAUCAAUUAUGUCAGUCUAAUACUGUUGUAGAGCUGAUUAUGGUUCUAAUCACACCCACUACCCACAUCUCCCAAAGAGAAAAGUGUAUAGAACAAAACAAAAAUGUUACAGUUAAUGAUUGUUUUGUUUAAUCUUAGAUUUAUUUGUCUGCCC